AUGAGACCUGGAGACAAAGUGAGGGAAAUGAUCUCCGACAAACUGAAGAUAGAACAGAGGAAGAUUGAGUUGGAGCCGCCCACAGGACAGGAAAUCCCACCACCGGCCCAGGUGACAGUAGUCGGACGCCGCUCUGGUCUGGUGGAAGUUUCGCCGCCGUGUCGACUCUCCACAGCCGACUGGCUGGUGCUCGGCAGGGUUCCAUCCCCCAAAGGGUCUCCCCCUUCCCUGGAGAAUGGAGCUGAUCUCGACCCAACCAACCAGCCAUGGAGUGUGGCUUCUUCCUAUGUGGCCUGUGAACUGGUUUCUUCCUAUGUGGCCUGUGAAGUGUGGCUUCUUCCUAUGUGGCCUGUGAAGUGUGGCUUCUUCCUAUGUGGCCUUGUGGCUUCUUCCUAUGUGGCCUGUGAACUGGUUUCUUCCUAUGUGGCCUGUGAACUGGUUUCUUCCUAUGUGGCCUGUGAAGUGUGGCUUCUUCCUAUGUGGCCUGUGAAGUGUGGUUUCUUCCUGUGUGGCCUUGUGGCUUCUUCCUAUGUGGCCUGUGAGCUGGUUUCUUCCUAUGUGGCCUGUGAACUGGUUUCUUCCUAUGUGGCCUGUGAAGUGUGGCUUCUUCCUAUGUGGCCUGUGAAGUGUGGUUUCUUCCUGUGUGGCCUUGUGGCUUCUUCCUAUGUGGCCUGUGAACUGGUUUCUUCCUAUGUGGCCUGUGAAUUGCUGGUGAAGGUGUCUGAUGUCCCCGACCUCUCGGCUGGGAUCACCUGUUCCUUUGGCAACCUGACAGAGGUAGAGGGACAGGUCAGCGGUAACCAGAUCCUCUGUGUGUCGCCCGCUGCUAAGGAUGUUCCUCUCAUCCCCGCCGACCAAGACUGGUCAGGUGUAGAGUUAAGGCUGAACUCUAAGGAGACUGGCCAGAUGGUCAUCAGCACAGAGGUCAAGUUCUACAACUGCAGUGUCCACCAACUGUGUCUGUCCUGUGUGAACAGUGCCUUCCGCUGCCAUUGGUGCAAGUACCGAAACCUGUGUACCCACGACCCUUCCAGCUGCUCCUUCCAAGAGGGACGCGUCAACGCCUCCGAGGACUGUCCUCAGCUGGUACGUUCGGAGGAGAUUCUGAUCCCGGCUGGGGAGGUCAAGCCCAUCACCCUGAAGGCCCGGAACCUCCCCCAGCCCCAGUCAGGCCAGCGGGGGUACGAGUGUGUCCUCCACAUCCAGGGGGUCAGCCACCGAGUCACCGCCCUGCGCUUCAACAGCUCCUCUGUACAGUGUCAGAACAGCUCGUAUCUUUAUGAAGGGAUGAAGAUCAGUGAGUUGCCAGUGGAUUUCUCAGUGGUCUGGAACGGCAACUUCAUUAUAGACAACCCAGAUAAAAUACAAGUGCACCUGUAUAAGUGUGCUGCCCAGAGGGACAGCUGUGGCAUGUGUCUGAAAGCCCAGAGGAAGUUCCAAUGUGGCUGGUGUAGUGGAGAGGGCCGCUGUACCCUGCGCCACCACUGCCCGCCCCUCAACCCCCGCUGGCUAGACCUCUCCAGCAAGAACGUUAAGUGUACCAACCCCCGCAUCACCGAGGUGACCCCAGUAGCUGGCCCUCCAGAGGGGGGUACCAGGGUGACCAUCCAUGGCAUGAACCUGGGCCUGGCGUUCAGUGAGAUGGUGGACAACGUGGAGGUGGCUGGAGUCAAGUGUUCCCCUGUGGAGGAAGGCUACAUCAUCGCAGAACAGAUAGUGUGUGAGAUGGAUGCUGCACCAGCCGACAGCAAGCCUGGCCCGGUCCAACUGUGUGUUGGGGAGUGCAGACCUGACCUCAAGACUCGCUCUGCCCAGCUCUACGCUUUUGUGAUGCCAUCAGUGCAGGGCCUGUCCCCCAGCAGAGGUCCUGAGUCAGGGGGCACCAAGGUGACCAUCACGGGGGAGAACCUGGGCGCUGGCAGCAGUGUCACCGUCCUCUUUGGAAACCAGACCUGCGAGUUCUACGGGAGGACCAUGACAGAGAUCGUGUGUUACUCGGCUCCCUCCCUGACUGGGGUGGGUUCGGUUCAGAUCAGUGUGAAUGUGGACCGGGCCCAGGUCAAGGAGAGCCUGAGCUUCGAUUACAUUGAGGACCCCACCGUCCAGCGCAUUGAGCCAGAGUGGAGCAUCGCCAGCGGCCACACUCCUCUGAUGGUGACAGGAACUCAUUUGGAUGUUGUCCAAGAGCCCAGGAUGCGCGUCAAGUACGGCGGCCGCGAGUCUGUCAACGUGUGUAAGGUUCUGAACACCACCAGUAUGAAUUGCUUUGCUCCAUCCCUGGUGGCAGAGUACCGUCCAGGUCUGGACACGGUCAAACACGCUGAUGAGUUUGGGUUCAUCUUCAACAACGUCCAGACUCUGCUAGUCUAUAACAAAACCAUCUUCCUCUACUACCCCAACCCAUACUUUGAACCUCUCAGCACCAACGGAGUCCUGGAACAAAAGCCCGGAUCGCCCAUCAUUCUUAAGGGCAAAAACCUGGUGCCCCCGGCCUCAGGGGGGGUGAAGCUCAACUACACUGUACUGAUCGGGGAGACCCCCUGCUCAGUCACUGUGUCUGAGACCCAGCUGCUGUGUGAGCCCCCCAACCUCACGGGCCAGUACAAAGUCAUGGUGCAGGUGGGUGGUCUCCAUGUGUCUCCGGGGUCAGUAAACAUCCUGUCAGACAGCCUGCUCACGCUCCCCGCCAUCGUCAGCAUCGCCGCCGGCGGAGGCCUCCUCCUCAUCAUCGUCAUCCUCGUCCUCAUUGCGUACAAACGCAAGUCGCGGGAGAAUGACCUCACCCUGAAGCGCCUGCAGAUGCAGAUGGACAACCUGGAGUCCCGGGUCGCCCUGGAGUGCAAGGAAGCCUUUGCUGAGCUGCAGACGGACAUCAAUGAGCUGACAAGUGAUCUGGACAGAGCUGGUAUCCCUCACCUGGACUACAGGACCUACGCCAUGAGAGUCCUCUUCCCUGGCAUCGAGGACCACCCUGUUCUCAGAGAACUGGAGGUGUCAGGUAACGGUCAGCUGAACACAGAGAAGGCUCUGAAGCUCUUCGCUCAGCUCAUCAACAACAAGGUGUUCCUGCUGACCUUCAUCAGGACUCUGGAGCUCCAGCGCUCCUUCUCCAUGCGCGACCGCGGCAACGUGGCGUCGCUCAUCAUGACGGCGCUGCAGGGCAAACUGGAGUACGCCACCGACGUGCUCAAACACCUGCUCUCUGACCUCAUCGACAAGAACCUGGAGAGCAAGAAUCACCCCAAGCUGCUGCUGCGCCGAACGGAGUCCGUUGCAGAGAAGAUGCUCACCAACUGGUUCGCCUUCCUUCUUCACAGGUUCCUCAAGGAGUGUGCUGGGGAGCCUCUGUUCAUGCUGUACUGUGCCAUCAAGCAGCAGAUGGAGAAGGGGCCUAUAGACUCCAUCACAGGAGAGGCGCGCUACUCUCUCAGUGAGGACAAGCUGAUCAGACAGCAGAUUGACUACAAGACCCUGAUCCUGAACUGUGUGAACCCAGACAAUGAGAACAGUCCUGAGAUCCCAGUGAAGGUGCUGAACUGUGACACCAUCACCCAGGUCAAGGAGAAGAUACUGGACGCCUGCUAUAAGAACAUGCCCUACUCACAGAGGCCCCGCGCUGUCGACAUGGACCUGGAGUGGCGUCAGGGGCGGAUGGCCCGCGUGGUGCUGCAGGACGAGGACAUCACCACCAAGAUAGAGAACGACUGGAAGAGACUCAACACACUCAUGCACUACCAGGUGUCUGACCGCUGUGUGGUGGCUCUGGUGCCAAAACAGACCUCUUCCUACAACAUCCCCCCGUCAGCCAGCAUCUCCCGGACCUCUAUCAGCAGAUAUGACUCAUCCUUCCGGUACACAGGUAGUCCAGACAGUCUGCGUUCUCGUGCCCCUAUGAUAACCCCAGACCUUGAGAGUGGGGUCAAAGUGUGGCACCUCGUCAAGAACCACGAGCAUGGAGACCAGAAGGAGGGAGACCGCGGCAGCAAGAUGGUCUCCGAGAUAUACCUGACCAGGCUGCUGGCCACCAAGGGUACACUGCAGAAGUUUGUGGAUGACCUGUUUGAGACGUUGUUCAGUACCGUCCACCGGGGUAGCGCUCUGCCCCUCGCCAUCAAAUACAUGUUUGAUUUCCUGGACGAGCAGGCGGACAAACACGGCAUCCACGACCAAGAUGUCCGCCACACGUGGAAGAGCAACUGCCUCCCGCUGCGGUUCUGGGUAAACGUGAUCAAGAACCCUCAGUUUGUGUUUGACAUCCACAAGAGCAGCAUCACGGACGCCUGUCUGUCUGUGGUGGCCCAGACCUUCAUGGACUCCUGCUCCACCUCAGAGCACCGCCUGGGCAAGGACUCUCCCUCCAACAAGCUGCUGUACGCUAAAGACAUCCCCAACUACAAGAGCUGGGUAGAAAGGUACUACGCGGACAUUAACCGUCUGCCGGCCAUCAGUGACCAGGACAUGAAUGCCUACCUGGCAGAGCAGGCCAGGCUCCACUCCACAGAGUUUAACAUGCUCAGUGCUCUCAACGAGAUCUACUCCUAUGUGUCCAAAUACAGCGAGGAGAUCACCAUGGCCCUGGAGCAGGACGAGCAGGCUAAGAAACAGCGUCUGGCCUACAAGGUGGAGCAGCUCAUCUCAGCCAUGUCCCUGGAGAGCUGAGACAGACCACGGGAUUGGACGACUGGACCGGCCCGGGAUAGCCAUCAGCCACAGCCACCCAACCAACAGUCCCGAUACUCACAGUGUGGGGGGUGGGGAGGGGGGGGGGGGGACAAGCAACCACCACUGACCUGGGACCUUUUAAAUCCAGAAAUCAAGAGUUUUUUUUUUUAAUCAAAUUUUCUUCCUACGCCAUACUGCCACCAACUCCAAAAGACUCCAUAGGCUCUGGAGACAUGGGUGGUGAUGAUGAUGUAUGGUGGGGCGACCACAAACCUCCAUAAAGGCUACAUGGCAUCUUUCUUUCCAGCUGAUAUUAUUUUGGGUUUGACGGGCAGUGUUGUGUGUGUGUAUAGCCCUGGAGGAGAGAUAUGUUGAGAGAAGGAACGAACAGAGGGGAGAUGUUGUAGCCAGAUACACUCUCCCUGUCUGCUGAAAACUCACAUUAGAGACAGUGUAAGGAAAAAGAGUUAGCGAAAGCGAUAAAGACUUCUCAUGAUGGAUUCCAGAGAUAUUGUUGCUGAGUUUUGCUUCCAAAAAUAUCUGCUUUAUUUUUGUAUGUGUACAUUUUGAUCUUAUCAGUUGCAGUGGAAACAUCUUCCUCUUGUUACAUAUAUGGACAUUGUUGUACUGUACAAAGGCAUAGGUUGUAUUAUAACACGUCUUUAUAGGGUGCCGUGGCCAUCAGAAAGACAUGGUUCUAUGUCAUGUCCUGUCCUGCUCUCUGUUCUCCUCAGACAGCAUUACCAUUCGUUAUCAACAUGAUACUCCAGACCAAGUGGACAGAACCCAGCUCUGACUGUAACCCAUCAGCCCUGUACAGGAACCCACAAAAACGCAUUCCGCAUCGUACGGAGAACGGACCUCCUCUGAGGGGGUCAAAGUUCAACCAGCAUGCUUAUCGACCCCAAACCCCUGUACCCUGUGUGAUAAGAGGAGAUCCACAGGCCCACAGAGCGUUUAGGUUAUAAGGACAACAACAACCAGCAUCCUACUGGUUUCUAGAAGACUCUCCUCUGCAGUAACGCCAUCUGUAUGUACUGUGAAUGUACAAAUGCUGAUGGGACUUUUUCAUUUGAGUUUGUAUUUUAAACAAAUAGGAGUUAGUUGAACAGAACUUUAAUGGCAACAUAGAUGGCCAACUGAACAUCCGUCCAAGUCCCUUUUCCCCUGUCACCAUAAUUUACCCUGCUACCAAAUCCUCUAUCUCUACCGUAAGAGGGUGUGUACUAUACAGUCUGUAUUGUAGCCGUAGUUGCCGUGGCUACGCUGCUCUUAACGUACAAAUACCAUAAUAUACUGGAGACUAGAUUCUAGAGUCUGCCAAGCUGGGGACUGAGGCUGGCGGCAGGAGUGAAAACACUCCGUUAUAUAACCGCUGUUUGUAUGGCUUUAGGGGGAUCGGAUCAAGUGUGUGUGUAAAACUUGCAUGCAUCGUAUCACAUGUCAGAAGAAGUGUUUUUAAGGUCCAUCUUUGUUUGUUUUUGUAAGUGCCAAUGGAUCAGGCUAGCUGGAGAUGGCCAGUGGCUAAAUGCUAGCGAACUUAGUUUUCUACCCAACUAUGUACCAGCAACGUCUUUCCAAACGAGAAUAAGAAAAAGCCUGUGUAGUGCCAAAAGAUCCCGUUGUUUUAAAUGAUUCAUCGGUUAAUGCUUUACAACGGGGGCCAUCCAAUCCCUGGAACUGAAGUAAAGAGCCUGCAGAGAGGUGCUCAUGUAACUGGAAGCUUGUGAACAAGGAACAGGUACGGAAGCAGGACAGUCGCAGGCUCGGGAGAGAGACAGUUCUGUCAAAUAUAGAGUUACUUGUCGAAAGUUGUAAUUUUUUUGGUUUUUGUCAAGAAGGAAAUAUCUCAACUGCUAGCAUGGUCAAAAGAGGAUGUAAACAUCAAAGACAAUGUGUGUUACAGUACCAGGUAGAUCUUUGGUAAGAUUGGAUUGUCCUGUACCAAACUUAACCCAUUUAUGAAACAUGACAACAUAGUGUCGAUUCUUUCUGCUGGAUUGAAUAACCACCACCAUUCUGUUUUCUCCAGACUUCUUUGUUGGCUCACCGUUUACAUCAAGUACUUGAAACUAGGUAGUAUUAAAAGGUGAACAGUAGGAUGAAAUGAUUCAUGGAGGGAGAGAGCAUAAAACCAAUGUUAAUGGAUGUGCUUGUUUUGUCUGUGGCUUUAGAACGCCAAGCUAACAAACCACUGAGUGGUCCUGACUCGUCUUUACGUCAACACUAAUCCACCGCCUCUGUUGGCACCGUCUUGUUGAAAUUGGCACGGUCCUUUUGAUAAGGUACCUGUCUUGCCACGGUGUGUAAAAGACCUGUUUGAGAAGGAUAGGAAAGGUGAAGAGGUCAAGGCCUGUUGCUGUACGGGCAGGCAGUGCUUCAGCCGUCUCGCCAGAGCUGUCUGAAGAGUAGAGCUCAGUCAGAAAUGAGAGAGAGACCCCUUUAGCUCUAGUUUCCUGCUCCGGCUUUGAAGCAGUGCUUUGAUCUGAGUGUAGUCGUGUGCAGAGUGUGAUCGGAAGACGAAAAAACACAUCAAAAACAGGCAUAGAGAAAUGCAAGGCGAUCACAUGAUUGACAUGGUAUUAAUGUGUCCUGCCAGGAGGGCGGGCUGGCUGUUGGCCCCCUGCUACACAAAUAUCUAUAGGUACACUUUAAAUACAGACACACGCUCAAACACGAAUAUGAAGCGUCCACCAUUGAACAAUGGUGUCCUCCCUUCUAUUCUCUUCCUCUCAUCCAAGAGAACCAAGCCCCUUUCAUGCCUCAUAUUGCUUGUCUGUGUUCUGGUGCCUUUUAUAUUCCAUGUGAUGAAACCUUCUCUAGUACGUGUUCCACUAUAUUCUCCAUUUGGCUUGAUAGGAAUGGGGUAAAUGAAAUGGAGAGGCAUAGUUUGACUGAAACAAGUCCGUUUUUCUCUUGAGGGACCAUUGCUUAAUGUCUGUUUUUGACUUGUCUUUAUUUUCAUAAACUGCCAUCCGCUGUUUAUUUCAUUACCGUUCUAAAACUCUAAUCCAAUCUUGGCUUCUGGCCAGCAUGCUCUAACACCAUGACUUUGCUAGUCAAUAGAAAAUACGUUUCCACAUCUUAUUAUUAUUAUAAGUCUUAACUCACUGCUGUCUGCACCUUCCGUUUUGUGAAAGAGACUUGAAUGAAUUGUAACAGAUUCAUUUCAUACUGUUACACUUUGGAGAUGAUGACGACAAAUGAAAAGGUGGAAGUUAUCAUUAUGUUUUGUUUACCAUUCUGCAGCUCAGAAUUGAAUUUCACAGCCAGUUAGUUGUCUCUGAGACAUUUUGCAGUUGAUGCACGUUGAGAAUUAUUAAAAUGGCAACUUCCAUUUCCGCUACAGAAGAGAUGGAACCUAAUUGAAGAAGAUACAGUAUGUUGUGCACUUUUUUACCCUUGGCUUACGUGGUGGCAAAGUGAUGGGUCUACUGGCAUGCUUCAUUACUUACAGAAAAACAAAGACAAUUAUCCACCUUUUUUCUUUUCUCAUGUCAUCAGUCGGGGGAAUCGAAAAGUCAACUAUUAUUCUCAAGGCAGAAGCAUCAAUAUGAAAUAAAUAUCCUUCUUCCAUUCUAAACACAACACAAUGUAGACGACCCUUUGUAGACACCGGAGUUCUGUAAUUUGGUAUAUACAAAUGACGAUAAUAAUAAUAAUGGCUGUCUGUUCUUGUUGUUUUAUAAAAGUGCUGUGAAAAUUCUAAGAAAGUUUAAAGUAUUUAAAGUUGUUCUCGUUUUUAUUUUAUUUUUUUGCUUAGGUUUUGUUAUGAUAAUAUAUUAUUGUGUACCUAUUGUAAAUAUGAAGCACCUAUUUUGCAAGCCAGGAAUUCACUUUUUACUGUUGUUAUAUAUAAAUAAACUUUGCUGGUUAAAAAAAAAAAACGCAUAGAGCUGAAA